UCAUAGAUAAAAUCACAUUGCAAAAUUAGUAGUGCAAAUUAAGUGCAGAAAAAAAAUUUUUAACUGCUGCAACAAAAAUCAUGUGAAAAAAAAUUUAAUUAUAUGUGCAAUUCUAAAGGAUAUAGAUACAGACAAAACUCGCAAAAGUAUUUGUAAAAUAAAGAAUACUAUUUAAAUAUUAUUUAAAAAUAUAAAUAAACACCUGAAGGAAUUUAAUAUAGAUAAAUAUGUCGACUUUACCAUUUCUACUGAGCGUAGCUGAUGAAUUGGACAACAUCAAUUCACAAUCUUAUAUGGAUGAUUUUGGGCUGGGAUUCCAUCCACAUCGCCAAUACUACCGCACACCCACUAUACAGUUGUCCUUGCCCGCUAGUACCGAUUGGAUGCAGGAGCGUCAACGCUGUCGUACGCAUAAGUUUGUAGAUGAAACGCAAAAUAACCUUCAAAGUACUGCAGAGGCAGAUGAAAACGUUGAUGAUGGUGAAGGUGGUGCUGGUGCUGGUGAGGAUACUGCGUGUGCUUUAGAUAAGUAUGGCGAUAGAUAUGGUGGUGCCAGCACAUCAGCUGCCGGUAGUCGACAAAAGUACACAUCCGCUCUAAAUUCUAACAAUGACAACGAUGACGAAGAUAAAUUAAAUAACGUCGAUAAGUCAGUAAAAAUUUAUAAUCUAUCCAAGAAAUGCUGUAAAAAUUAUCAUCGCCAUGGUAAGGAGACGUCCGGUAAGUGUACAACGAAAUCGGGUGAGGGAAGCGGUGGUUUCAAAUUGCAUAGUAAAUGUUUGGAAGGUAAUAACUCAUCAUCGGAGGAGAGUUUACAAAAGGUUUCGUCGUCGAUUGAAUUUCUGACAUGUUUUUUGAUGAAGAAAUCGCGUGCAUCGAAGAACUCAACUGGCGUUGAAGGGAGUGGUAAAAAGUCUUAGAAUACAGUAGCGAAACGCAAAAGUAAUUGUUUUUAAAUGUGAACAAACCCCAUGAAUACGAUAGACAAUGCUUAAGUGUUAUUAUGAAGGUUAAGGGUUUUUAUAUUGUGGGAGUAUGGGGAGUAGGAAUGUGUGCAUUAGGGUAAUAUUUUCUUAAGAGGGGCUAAUUCAAAAUGUUGACAGGUUCAAGUGGAAAUGUAAGGCCAGUAAGAUAUGAAAGAGAUUGUUUUAAACCUUGAAUAUUUUUGGUAAUAAUAAUAAUAAAAUAUAAAAACUUAAAACAAUGAAAACUAUAC